AUGCCUAAAAAUAAAAAAAAGUGGCGAAAAAUGCAAAUCGCAAGGAACACGGAAGCGGGGAGUAGUAGUAUUAUUUAUUUUUUAUUUUGGAUAGGUAUGUUUGAUUUUAAUCAGUGCGAUCCAAAGAGAUGUUCUGGUCGUAAAUUGAUGCGUUUCAAUUUAGUAAAACAAUUAAAGCUUGGCUCGAAAUUUCACGGUAUCGUUUUGUCACCAACAGGAACAUCAACAAUAUCACCCGCGGAUGCUGACUUUAUCAAGAUGAAUGGAUUAGCUGUUAUUGAUUGUAGUUGGAACCAGGUUGAUAAUACACCAUUGCAUCGAAUAAAAGCUUCUAAAUAUCGUUUAUUGCCAUAUCUUAUCGCUGCCAAUCCUGUAAACUUCGGUAAACCAUGCCAGUUAACUUGUGCUGAAGCAUUGGCAGCUGGACUAUAUAUUGUUGGUUUUCCAGAUGCCGCGGAAGCAAUCAUGGCAAAAUUCAAAUGGGGUUUCAAUUUUUUGAAGAUGAAUCGUGAGCUACUCGAUAAUUUUGCUAGUUGUCAAACUGCUUCUGAUAUAAUAAAACAACAAAAUAUAUAUUUAGAAAAUAUUAAAAAAGAGGUUGCAAAAAGCAACACUUACGAAUUGGAUUUGCCACCAUCUGAGUCUGAAGAGGAAAUAUAA